AUGGGCUCAGCCAAGAGCUCCCCGGUCACUCCGGCGCGGCCUCCGCCGCACAACAAGCUUCUGGCUCGAGUGGCGGACCCCCGUUCACCUAGUGCCGGCAUCUUGCGCACUCCCAUCCAGGUGGAGAGCUCUCCACAGUCAACCCUACCAGCAGGGGAGCAGCUGGAGUGUCCUAAUGAGGCCCAAGACUCAGAUCCCCGCUCUCCUACCCUUGGCAUUGCACGGACACCUAUGAAGACCAGCAGCGGAGAGCCCCCAAGCCCACUGGCGAAACAGCUGAAUGAAGUCUUUGAGAAAGAAGCCUCCAAAUUGAAUCGUCCUCCAGAGCUUGUUCUGCCCCUAGAGGCAACUUCACCUUCCGAAUUGAACUUGCCUCUGGGCACCCAGUUUUCCCUUGAGGACCGGAUGCCACUCUGGAGCCAGACUGAGCUCCCCCCCAAGCAGGUGUCCUCCAAGGAGGAAGCAGGACAGCCCUCACAACCCCCCACGGCCAGCCAGGGCUCAGACAAGCCCUUAAGAGACCCUGAGACUCCCCGAUCUUCAGGUUCUAAGCACAAUAGACGGAAAGGAAAUGGCAAGGUACUAGGGAGAUCUCCCCUCACCAUCCUACAGGAUGACAACUCCCCCGGAACUCUGACACCACGACAGGGUAAGCGGCCUCCUCCCCUGAGUGAAAAUGCUAGAGCACUAAAGGAAGGGGCCAUUCUGGGAACUGGACGACUUCUGGAAACCGGAGGCCGAGUGUGGGAGCAGGGCCAGGACCAGGACAAGGAAAAUCAGCACUUUCCAAACUUGGUGGAGAACUAG